AUCAAAAUGUCAACCAAAGCCUCUAAACCCUCACACUAUUGCCCAAGAGUGAAGUCCUUCAAAAGCGGCCCUUGGAUAACUUUCAACCCAAUUCCAAACAUUGAGGAAAGAGUUUCGUACGUGAACCAGCAGAGCUUCCUCAGCAGAAUACGUAACGGCGGACAGCUAACCUCAUUCGGCACUAAAUGUUCUGCAAAGCUCAAGCGCAGGUACAAACCUGCGAAGAAAAUCAAGCCUAAGAAGUCAAAUAGGUUGAAUAAGAGAAAUAAGUCCCAGAAUCCCUUCCUCUCACCUGAGGCAUGGCCUAAGAAGGACCAGGCCCCCCAGAAGGUAAACAGGAAAUCUAUAGAGCGGAUGGAUAGGGCACUUAAUAGCAAAAAGUUCUUCAAGAUGAAAGGACUCAACCAGAAACAACCAUAUCCUAGAGAGGCGAACUUCUCUGCAGCAACAGUUGGUGUACAUAAAUCUGGCGGCCCACUUUCGAUGAGGAAGUUCAGGAGCCGGUAUAAUAAAACUGCUCAUUCGACGAAUGCUACAGCGAAGAUUAGCGAGACUAGGUCUGUAAAUAACCCGAAUCAUGAAAGUGCAGACUAUAGCUUUAAUAAAAAGGGAUUCCAGGAAUAUGAAUAUGACCCAUUUAAUACACACAAGAUCAGACCUCUCACUGCUGGAGUCACUAGAAUGGGUAAUAAGAGCAAAUCUAAAAUGUGCAGGGCUCAACAAAAAUCAGCGAUUAAAGAAGAAAAACGCCUAAAUGAGCUACGAUCACUCUUCUCAAAGUGGAAUAAGAAGGAAGAACAAAACCGUCGUGAGAAAGAACUCCAUCAAUCUUCUGAAGGAAAGGUGCCUAAUGAGGUGCAUAAAGAUGAUUCCUCUUCUAACAGCUCUGACACGAUUAACAAUGAUGAUUUUCUUGGUUUCAAGAGUUCAGAAAUCUAUCCUAAUAUGAGCAUUGAAGAUUUCAUCAAAAUUGGGGAAAGGAUCAAGAUGAGAGAACAACUAGCCAGAGACACAAUGGCAGCUAGAGAGGCCAUGAAUCUCAACCUGUAACCAUUCCUGUAGUUUUAAAUUUAUG